AGGACUCCUAGUAUGCAAGAAUCUAUCUAUUAGCAUACCGACAAAAAUUGUUUUCGGAAAAUUUGAUACGAGAGGGAUUUCAAAAUGAUACGCACGCAUGAUUGAUGUAAGUGUUUAUUCACAUUGAUUGGUUGAUGCAAGUGUUAUUUGUUCAUGGUGCUAAACACGUAGUCCUAUUACUAGUCGAUUUUUGCUGGAAUCACCAUCUUUUAAUGCUAUUCUUCUUUUGUGAAAUGAAACUUUACAUUGCUUGAUGAUAGUAGUCUUACCACACUCCAACCACUAAUGCACUGAUAACUGUUUGAUUGAAGAGAGGCGACGACAAAGUUAAAUUGACUAUUUGGAAAAAACCAGACUAGCCCUCCAAGAUGCCGAUGUCCUUAGCGGAUUUCGAAAUGAUACGCACGCUUGGCGUGGGUUCAUUUGGGCGUGUCAAAUUCGCAAAGAUGCUAAGCGAUGGAAGCCCUGUGGCGGUAUAACCUUUCUCAAAAGUUGUAAAGGACUCCUUUCUAGCAAGCAAUGUCGAUUUCAGCUUUUCUCAGCUGCAGAUUAGACUGGGCGUUUUUUCAUGUUUGGGUGCGACAGGGAGUUCAACUUCAAAGCUCAUCCAGGCAAGAGCUGUCUGCCCAUUUUUUCUCCGAUAUGCCCACCUACCUCUCUGCCUGCCAAAAUACUCACAGGUGAAAUUCAUGAAGAAGCAUGAGAUUAUCAAGCUGAAACAGGUGGAUCACAUCAACCAGGAGAGGAACCUCAUGAGCCAGAUAAAGCAUCCGUUUAUAGUCGAAAUGAAAGGCAGCUUCAAGGAUGAUCGAUUCGUCUACAUUGUUAUGGAGGUAAUACUAAUACUUUUGGGAAGAUGGUUGAUUCUUUCGGAAUGGUUUUGGAACGAUUCGUCUACAUUGUUAUGGAGGUAAUACUAAUACUUUUGGGAAGAUGGUUGACACUUUUGGAAUGGUUGCUUCUCCUUUAGAUAGGUCCAAUUGCUGUAUCCCCUUUUUCCAACCCUGCCUUUCCGCAGAUCGUCUCCGGUGGCGAACUUUUCACGCAUCUGA